UAUAUUUGUCGUGUUCGUCGUCUUUGGGAUAAGCUCGCAAACGUAAGAAUGGGUAAAAUUUCUCUGGUCAUUUUGGCCUGCAUUGUUGUGGCAGCAACGGCCUCACCAACGAGUCGUGUGGUGGGGGGUCAAGAUGCCACCGAGGGGCAAUUUCCCCAUCAAGUUUCGCUGAGGCGUAAUGGUUCCCAUACCUGUGGUGGUUCUAUUAUUAGCCGUAACUUUGUCCUCACCGCUGCCCAUUGUGUGGGCACCUCGAAUAGCGAGGGUGAAUAUUAUACCUAUGACCCUUCAGUUUUCACCGUUCGUGCCGGCAGCAAUGACCGCUUCCAGGGUGGUGUCCUCGUCAAUGUGGCCGAAAUAACGGCCCACGAAGAUUAUGGUAAUUUUUUGAAUGAUGUUGCCCUGCUGCGUUUGGCCGAACCACUGAUCUACUCGAAGAACAUACAACCCAUUCCCUUGGCCACCACAGAGGUACCAGCUGGCGCUCCAGUGAUUAUCUCCGGUUUUGGACGCAUAAAGCAUGGCGGAGAUCUGCCACGAAAAUUGCAAUGGAACACCUUGACUGCCAUUUCACGCAGUGAAUGUAAACGUUUGAUUAAUUGGGAUUCGGAUGCUUUGAUCUGUUUGGCCCACGAAGCCGAUAAUGGUGCCUGCAAUGGUGAUUCAGGUGGUCCAGCUAUGUAUAAUGGUGAAGUUGUGGGUAUUGCCGGUUUCGUGUAUGGCGGUUGCGGUAAUAUCUAUCCAGAUGGUUAUGCUAAGGUCUUCUACCACACCGAAUGGAUUAGAAAGCAUUCGGAUUUGUAAGAGAGAUGGAGAAGGUGGGAAGAAUUUUUUUUGGAGUUUUAUGUCGUGGCAAUAAAAGGUGUUCGAAACUCGA